AUGGCAGCGCCGUCUGACAUCACGGCAGGCAAUGAAUGUGGAUGUCGAGACCUGCUUCUCGGCCUCGAUGAGCUCAUGUGGAGGGCACAAGGAGGCUCGUCGUUGGGUUGCCGGUGGAAAGAGUUGGAGCUGCUUGCGUGGAGGACGAUGAAAAUGCCAUGCAUGACGUUGCCUCAGAUGCCGGCACCCGCCACUACGCCUGUGGCUGGUGCCCGUUCUGAGAUUCAAGGAUUCAAGGAUCCAAGGACGUUGCUCUCCGGCCUCGCAGUGCUCCCGGUUCUGUCCACUGUCCACUACGCUCUCCACUAA